AUGGCACGGACCGUAGUCAAUCAAGCUGAGGUCGAUGACAGUGUUCGUCAUUUAAUUAACAAACGUCAAAGUAAUUGUGUUACUCUUACUUAUGGUGCACCUUUUCCUUGUCGCGGUCUUACUUGUUAUUUUGGUGGUUGUACUGUUACUUAUAAUCCUACAACUGGUAGUCUUAAUAGUGGUGGUUGUUGUGGUGUUACUGUUAGUAUGCUUGGUAAUGGUGUUAAGUAUUGCUGUAAUAAUUAA